UGUUUGAAGCCCGCGUUCCAGUUGCAGAUUUGGAUCCAUCGCGACCUGUUUCGGGUGGAUCGUGGAGAAUAAUCGCCGACCCGUUUGCGGCGGGUCGCAGGUCUCAUGUGGGACCCGCUUCCCCGAAACGCUGGGUCUCCUAAAGCCGCGCCGUGCCGCGGACGCCGCCGCCAUGACCCAUGAGCGCCACCACCUUGCGCACCGGCGCGGCCAUCCUCCGCGCGCUCUCCGCCGCUCCCGCCCCCGCCGACCACCUCCACGCUCAUGCCCUGAAGCUCGGCGUCUUCCCCUCCUGUCUCCACCUCUGCUCGGCGUUGCUCAAGUCCUACGCAGCCUCUGGCCGCGUCGCCGCCGCGCGCCAGCUGUUCGACGAAAUUCCCCACCGGGACGUCCCGCUAUGGAACGCCCUGGUCUCCGCCUACACGCGCUCCGGCCAUCCCCAUCAGGCCGUGCAAGCCGUAUCCGCCAUGGCGCGGGCGGGGUCCCGGCCGAAUGGCGUGUCCGUCACGAGCCUCCUGUCCGCGUGCGCGCAGAUGAGGAGUCCGGUGCACGGGAGAGAGCUCCACGGGUACGCGGUGAGGAACGUCCCCGUUCCUGACUUGCCUAUGCUCAAUGCAUUGGUGACCAUGUACGGAAAGUGCGAGCGGCUGGCGGACGCGAGGACGGUAUUUGUUGGCAUGGGGGGCAUGAAGAAUGCUGUUUCUUGGACGUCCAUGAUCAAUGCUUGCUCCGAUAAUGGUCUCCCAGCCGAGGCAUUCCAAGUGUUCGAGGAGAUGAGGCUUGCUGGUGUCGAAGUCGACGAGGUCACCCUGCUUGCUGUCAUCUCGGCGUGCACAAGGCUGGACUGCGCGUCGGGUUUAGGGGACUGGAUGGAGGAGCGCGCCUUUGAGAACGGGUUCUUCCAGAACACCCGUGUCGCCAAUGCACUCAUACAUAUUCAUGGUAAGAUGGGGAGGGUGAGGAGGUCAUGUGAGAUAUUUGACUCGAUGAGUGUGAGGACUGUGGUCUCGUGGACGGCCGUGAUACAAGCACUCGCCAUGGAUGGACAUGGGGUGGCUGCUGUUGUCCGGUUCUCGCAGAUGCUCCGACAAGGGUUCCAGCCUGAUGAGGUUAUCUUCUUGAGCGUGAUCAAUGCCUGUUGUCACUCCAGGCUAGUGAGCGAGGGGCGCCAAUUGUUCAAGUCCAUGGUCGAGGAGUAUCACAUCACACCAUGGAUGGAGCACUAUGGAAGCAUGGUUGACCUGCUGUGCAAAGCCGGGGUGUUGGACGAGGCAUUUGAGUUCGUCCUCGCUAUGCCUGUUAAACCUGAUCCUGUAAUAUGGCGUGUACUGGCCCGAGCUUGUCGGGAUCAUGGGAAUGCAAGCUUGGCAAGGAAGGUGAUUGAUCAUGUGAUUAACAUGGAGCCUGACCAUGAGGGGAAUUACGUGCUAGCGUCAAACUUGUAUGCUCUGGAUGAGGAUUGGAGGCGUGUUGUAGAUGUAAGGUUGGACAUGGGAGUGAGGAAAAGGGCUUCAAGAUGCUCUAGUGCUGUGUCUUACGUUGAAGUCAAUGAUGAAUAAAAUGCAUAAAGCUUGUCUUCUCGUACACAUCACCGGUACUUUUCCAACUCCACUACUUUGAGAUACACACUGCCACGUACAUUUGUUUAUUAGCAUGUACAUUUGUUUAUAUUUUAUACAUUCCCAGAAGAACCUGCUAAAACAAUUGAAUUCCAUGUCUCUAUCCUUUUGUGUAAGACGAAGAUUAAAUGUAAUCUGAUAUGUUGUCAGGAAAACCCUUUUCGAAAAUAUGUUGUCAGCAAAACUGGGUAUUACUAGUUUCAUAUAUAGUAAAAUUGGAUAUCCUUGCACUGUAUUUAAAAGAUAUAUUUUUUAAUCACCCUGGAUAAGCCUUUCUGUCAGUUAUGUGUCAACGCCAUGUCAUGCGAAUAUUUUCCAAAAAAUAAAAAUAUCAUCUUGGUAUCCGUAUCUAUCAUACAGAUGGUUACUACUUAGUAGUCUGAGUGAUGCUUGUUUUGUACGUGGACAUUAUGUGUGAAUAUUGGUUACAUAGGCUCAUUUUUCUAGCAGACAAAUUAAGAAUCAGUAUUAGUUCCUAUCUUUACGACCUUUGUCUAAAUGCUUCUUCGAUAAGUUCAUCUGGUGACUUGUAGCUGGGGAAAACAGUAAAAAAAAGGCAUCACUGUGCCUGAAAGGUCCUAGAAUCUUUAGCUUUUUCUUCAGCCGCAGCAUUUGUAGCCCCAGAAAUCAAAAUUGGGUGUCCAAACCGAAUGAUGGAAUCGAACAAAAAAACUUGGCAUUGUACAUUUAGAUUCUUCGAGAUUUAGGGGUGGGUCUACUGAUAGAUUCACCGGGAGCUCUGCCAUGACAAAUGCCGUUGCCGAGUCUGAUGAUGCAGGCUGCGUAAACUGGUGGUGACUACUGACUGACAAGUGAUGCAGCACGGUCCAAAUGGCAGAUGAUGCUCUUCCCUGCUUGACAAAGAUUUGUGUAGGCUGGACGCUGAUGCUCUAGUUAAAGAUAUCGCUCACUUAACUAGUUGCAGUUGUUUGAAAGAUUCAAAGGUUCGCUGCAACCGGUGGCCAAAUCCGAAGUUAGUCGCCGGAGGCGCCGUGAGUCCAGGGCUGUGGGCCAGUCGACUAACAACGAUGGCAAGGAGAACUGUGAACGCGUAGCUUACCAGAUGAGCCUGGACGGAUGAGGUGCUGCUCCACGGCAAUCUCUACCAACUGAACAAGCUCGGUCCCGUGAACAGGGACUGGGCUCAAAAUAGAUGCCCGUGCUGAAAGAACCCACUUGUGGGCGUUUGGAACAGAUAUCUGCAUAAACAGCUGCAGGUACUGACAGAAAGAGGCCACCCAUCCGACCCGAUUGAUCAGUAUCAAUAAUCUUCGAAGGGCCCUGAAUCUUGGCGUGUCGGUCGCUGGUUCCACACCGUUUGGUGCCGUAUUGAGAAGGCAGAGAUGCGACGCCGACGAGUGUACUAUAUAGUAUGCACUUGCACCACUUGCAGGGUACUGUGCCGUAGAUGGUGCAGGCGUGCGGCAUUUAGCAUGGUUCAGUUCAGACCGGCUGAACAUCAUCAUGUUGACCUGGAGAUGGGUAUGGAUUGUGCAAUGCUCAAACGAAACCAAUAAACAAAACCUUUGGUGCA